GGGGGGGCAUGGCGACCGAGGCCCCUCUGCGCGUCGACCUCAUCAGCGACGGCAAGGACGGCCUGCGCGAGAGCCUCGGCGGGGUGCUGAGCUCCGGGGGCACGAUCCCGUACCAGGUUCCGGGGAGACUGAAGCGCGAGCUGGAGGUGAAGAAGCGCCCCUGGGCCAUGUCCUCGGUCAAGGGCGCGCGGCUGCCCGUCGGAGAGGAGGGGGACCUCCUGGCUCGGGCCUUCCGCGCCCGGCAGAGGCCCGUGACGCUGCUGCCCUUCGAAAGGGGCGCCUGGCGCUGGCCGACGACACGGCUGGGGUACGUGCGGCCCGCAGCGCAGGGCGUCCGGCUCACAGCGAGGUCCGGGCAGCCCGCCCUGUUCGAGGCGGCGGUGGACCGCGACGGGGCCGCCCUGGCCGGCGGGGACGGUCUGAGCGCGAGGCUGCUGCCGGACGUGGGGUCGGCGAGGCCGCGGCUGGCGGAGAGCGCUGGGUGCGGCGACAUCCGGAGCAGCCGGCAGGCGCCCCUGGACUUCGACACGGGCCUCAAGCUGCAGAGGCCCCGCGAGGGCACCGCCCUCCUCGCGCGCGUCCCGGAGGAGAACCUGGAGCCGCUGCAGGUGGUGAGGCACGAGAUCGGCCAGCAGUACAACGCCCAUCGCGACUGCGGGGACCCCAGGGAGUUCCCAGAUGAGCGCAUGUUCACCGACGCGGAGGGCCACUGGGGGCAGCGGCACGCCACGCUGCUGUGGUACCUGCAGGGCGACUCCGUCACGCCCGAGGGCGAGGGCAUGGACUACACCGCCGCCGUCGCGAACACAAUUAGGCCCGACUGCCACGCGCAGCAGAAGCCCUUCGAGGACGAG